GGUCAGAACAGGAUAAGACAUGGAUCCUGUGACAGCUGUGGCUGGUGCAGUGGGAGCAGUGGGUGCAGUGGCCGCUGCUCCUUUUGUUGUGGGAGCCGCUGGUUUCACCUCAGCUGGAAUCGCAGCAGGCUCCUGGGCAGCAGGCAUGAUGUCUUCUGCUGCAGUUGCUAACGGAGGAGGGGUGGCGGCAGGGAGUCUGGUGGCUGUUUUGCAGUCAGCAGGUGCAGCGGGUCUGUCAGGAACUGCCAGUGCAGCCGUGGCUGGUGUCGGAGCAACAGUGGGAUGGCUGGCAAGCUUCAUCGGUUAAAAACACACCAGGAAAUCAGCUGUUUCCUUUUUGGCAAAGUUACAAAUCCUGUUACAUUAAUGAAGCAGCACUUCUGUGUUGGAAACUGUUGACAUGUUUUAGUCGUGUAUAGCUGACUCAGAUUUGUGUUGAUGUUUUGCUGUUUAUGCAAAUACUUUUACAGAACUGGAUAUCAGAAUGUUACCACUGUUACGACCUGGCUCAAUAAAAGGAGAGACACACCAAGUUUCAAAAAUUAAA